AUGGAUGCGUUUUCUGGGUAUAAUCAAAUCAAGAUGAACCCAGAAGAUCAGGAGAAAACAGCUUUCAUAACAGACCGAGGUACUUACUGCUACAAAGUAAUGCCAUUCGGGCUAAAAAAUGCGGGAGCUACAUAUCAGCGCCUCGUAAACAAAAUGUUUGCCGAUCAGCUCGGUAAAACAAUGGAGGUGUACAUAGACGAUAUGCUGGUCAAAUCCUCUAGGGAAACAGACCACGUCGCACAGCUCCGGGUAUGCUUCUCCAUACUUAACAAGUACGGCAUGAAGCUGAACCCGACUAAGUGUACAUUCGGAGUUCCGUCUGGCGAGUUCCUCGGUUACCUAGUAACUGAACGCGGAAUCGAGGCGAACCCGAAGCAAAUCUCUGCCCUCUUAGAUAUGCCUUCUCCAGAAAAUACUAGAGAAGUACAACGGUUAACCGGUCGAAUAGCAGCCCUUAAUAGGUUCAUUUCCCGGUCAACCGACAAGUGUCUUCCAUUUUACCAGCUCCUCCGAGGAAAUAAAAAAUUCCUCUGGGACGAAAAAUGCGAAGAAGCUUUCAAACAGCUCAAAACUUACCUCAGCGAACCUCCUAUACUGGCAAAACCAGUAGAAGGAGAACCGCUAUACCUUUACAUCGCGGUCUCGCCUGCAGCGGUCAGCGGGGUCUUAGUUCGUGAAGAGCUAAACGAACAAAGACCAAUCUUUUACGUAAGUAAAUCCCUGAUUGAUGCCGAGACUAGAUACCCAGCUAUGGAAAAACUUGCCUUAGCAAUAGUAAUGUCCGCAAGCUGCGACCUUACUUUCAAUCACACACAAUCGUGGUGA